CAGCGAGCAGCCGGACAGUAGACAUGCUAAACCGCCAGUGCACGCAGGUUUCCCCGGAGUUUAUGGAGGAGCACUGAGUUAUGACGGAGCGCAUGUUUGAAACGCAACCUGCCUUUGGGAUUUGACUCGCAGAAAUCACCGAAUAAAAAAAAAAAUAAAACAAAUAAAACACGGUUUGAGGAGAAGCAGUUGAAAGCCAGCCGGUCUGACAGUCAGCGUGUGGGAAUGGCAGCUCCCCGGCCGAUAAAAGGCAUCCUGAAAAACAAGAACAGCGGUACAAACGUCAAAUCGCUGCCCGACGACGAAUCAGCAGAGAAUACCGAACAAGCCCCGGGACUCUCGGAAGAUGACCAACAGAAGAAAUCGCAAAAAUGGGAUGAGAUGAACAUCCUGGCGACGUACCACCCGCCUGACAAAGACUACGGCCUGAUGAAGAUAGAUGAACCCAGCACACCUUAUAACAGGAUGGUCGGGGAUGACGAUGAUGAGGGGGCGCUGAGUGAUUCGGACGGCCAAAGUGGGCUCGCAGCGGAUGACCUUGCAUCAAAGUUGGUGGCAGCUGAGGGCUCAGAGCCUCGCUUCAUGAAAGAAGAAGAGGAGGAGGAGGAAAGCAGUGAGGAAGAGGAAGAGGAGCUGACUCCUGAAGAACAAGCCAAAAAGAAGCAUUUUCAGAUGAUGAGGAAGAUGCAUUACAACGAGGGCCUGAACAUCAAGCUGGCCCGCCAGCUCAUCGCCAGCGAGCUAGAAGAUGACGAAGACGCAGAUGAAGAGAUGAGGGAUGACACAGAGGAGCCGAGGGAGGACACAGAAGAGACAGAGGAGAUCAGUGUUGACCCACCACAGGAAGCUGACUCUCUGGACUCGUAGAUGUCGCCUCCCACCAUCAGCCCUGUGUGUCCAGACAGACAAUGCCACUGCGCUCUGUGUCUCAGCACCGAGCCGUACAGCAAACACCGCUUCACCACCCAUGUAACAACUCCCCACAGCCAAUAACCUCCCGGUCACCUGUCUGUCUCUACUGUUCCUUAGAACUGUGCAAUAUAACCCUCAAACAAACUGGUUUCAACUCCCAAGAAUCCGUGCAGCACACAAGGAAAGACUGUUGCUCCCUCCUCUUCCCUCUCCUGUUGCCAAGAAUUUCCUCCUCCCACUUCUGCUGGACCGGCGUCGCACUGAAGAAUAUGUGAUUCUGACCCUGAGAGGAGGAUCAAGGCCUUUUUUUUUAACAACAACACAAAAAAAACUGUUGGACUCCCGUCUGGCCGCUCCACAGUUCCUCUGCCGGCCACAGAGCAGGCCAGGGGAAACCCCACGGCCUCACUGAAGGCAUAUCUGAGACGUGACGACGGCGCUUUUACUGGGUGCACCUCGGAUGGCUUUUUGUUUUUGUUCGGCAUUGCGACCCACCACCCUGUUGCAUCGUCUUUCCACCUUCAAUACCUUUUGCGACGGUCAAAAUCAGUUUGGUUUUUAUCCACAUCUCUCUAUAAAUAGCUACGUACCUGGUAUUACUUCCCUUGAAAAUAAGAUUAUUUCACUUGAUAUUGGCACAAUUGUGUUACAGCAAUUAGGAACUAUAUAUGUAGCCCGCACAGCCUAAACAGUAGUGAAAAUUUGAUGCCUUACAACCACCAGUAUUUCCUACUAAUCAACGUUGUGUGCUCUCGAGCUGAGGGUAUAAAGAUGCACGGCCAGGAGGAAUAAUGUCGAGAAACUCCGAAGUGUCGAUGUAAACAAAUGAAAGUUUAAUCAUGCUAACGGGGAACUCUCAUUAACUCUCUCAACAAAAUCUAACUUGUUUUUUUUAACAAAUUUUUCCGAUAUUGUUGACAAACCCUAAAAAUGUUCUGUGGGUUGUGAAUAUUUUGCCGUAUGACAGGAAAAAAGUUUGCGAGUCGCUGCCUGUAGUGUCUGACGAUGAUGCUCACCUCCAUAUUUUUUUUUUUUGCGUUGGACCAAUUACAUCACAUUUACCCUCAAACAUCUUAUUUGCUUUCUAUCUGUACAAGCGAGAACACCACACCAAACCUCAUUUCAGUUCUACAAACAUGUAUACCUCAUAGACUCAAAAGGUCUUUUUCCAAAUUGAAUCCACAGUUAUUUCAACAAUUUGGUCGCACUUUUUUCAGUAAAAUAUUUCAAAUUGAUUCCCAGUUUCUGCACAUGAGAAACAUUUUGUCAGAGAACAUCCCAGGACGAGCCGGUAAUCCAUUUCUGAGCAGAUGUGUGUGUUUUAGUGGCCAGAGGAGUGACACUUAAGGUGUUUUAAAGAAAGCAGGAGGGACAGCACUGGAGUCUUGCUGCUGAGGUCUAGCACGUGCUACUGAUAAAACAGGACGAGGUCUUGUAGGAGGAAAAAAAAAAAGAAAGCUCUCAUCUUUAAUAAGUUACAGCUUUAAGCACAGGGCUCUUAAGUAGAUCUGAUAAAGAAGAUAACAGCGCUUGUCGUGCUUCGGUAAUUUGUCAUCACAUCUGAGGAUUUGUGUUGUUUGGAGGGAGGUACAAUCGUCUGGUUUGUGUUGAAUUUCUCACCUGGCUUCAUAACACCUUGUUUAAUGUGGUCUGAUCUACUGAAGCGUCUUGUACAAAGCAGCCGGGGAACAAUGUUGAAAGAGAUGUUGUUUUUUUGAUGCUACUGACUUUAAAGAGGUGGAGUAAAACCAAGUCUACUGGAGGCGUUUCAAAGAUUUUUUAAUUUUUUUUGGUAAAGUUUGGCGUUCUAACAGGUGUCAAGAAAGUUACUGCGUAGUCUGACUGACGUGCAGGGAGAGGGACGGGAAAGAAAACUGAUCCUGGUGCGACUUUAAUUGCACACUUGAAGUCUCCUGUGAGCUCCCGGAGGCGUCGCUACACACUGUACGACUUCACUCGAGUCCAGUAAACAAAAAAAGGGGAAAAGUAUGAAAUGAAAAAGCAUGCGGGAUGCUUCAGUAUGUCUUGUGUUGUGAUCUCUUCAUUUCCCUUUAACUCCUCACUGUGAUUGGAGGUGUUGAGCUUUGUAUUGUGGAAACACAAAAGAAACAUUGACCAACAGUAUGACUUCUGCCAAUGUCCCCUUUGCAGCUUUUUUUUUUUUCUUUCUUUCUUGUAGUUUAGUUUUUUGGUGGCGUUUUCUCUCCAUGAGCUGAAAAACUCCUUUUAAUGUAACCACCAACCAACAAACAAAACCACAGUCCAGCGAGUAGACGAAACAUCCGAGCAGUUGAUUAUUUUUAUUGUUUUUUUUCAAUAAAACAGGAAUGUGUCUGGAAAUACAGGUUUUGACGAUACUGCUGUCUUUUAUCUUCGAUCAGUGAAUUUGAUAGAAAACGACUGCAGCUGACCGAUUUAUCUUCUCGCUCGAGACAAAACAUGACUGACACGAUCACCCGGUCGGUGGUUAUUUCCUGUCGAAUGUGCCUCUUAUGUAUUUAUGUACAUGUGUGUAAAAUGAACAGGCUAUGCUCCAUGUUGCUGUUUCGUUGCCUCAUGUGUCGCUCUUUGUUUCGCACAACUUCUGCCCCCGUUUGAUUGUUUUCUAAGAACGAUAGACUGUUAAACAGCCCCUGACUCUGCACUGUGUCUGUCUUAAGAGGAUGAUGUUGAAUCCAGGUGUUGUUGUUUUCUUUCUUUUUUUUUUUUUUUUUUUGUAUUCCCAGUUUGCAUGUCCUUAAUCAUCAGAUUGUGCGUGUUCUGUUCCGUCUCCUAUCAUUAAACAGACGUUGUUAGGAA